UGUUCACUUCGAGCAAAGUUCGAACGGUCGCAGGUUUGAACAGUUCCAAGUGGAUACAAAUGAUCGAAUCCGCAUGGUUUGCUGUUUCACGGUGAUUUUUCUCUAAUUUUAUCAUUGUAAUCUUAUUCCGUAGCCGUUGGCCGGUCAGUCCACGUGACAAGUGUCAUCGGCGCAGUGACGCCUGGUCAGAAUGGAGGAGAAUGAGCUGCACGAGAACGACGAGUUGGCUUUACCCGAAGACGAAGAAAUGGCCACGUCGGGUUCCGACUCCGCAUCCAGCUCGGACGCGUCUUCCAGCCAGUCUGCCGUCGAAAGCAGUUCCAGCAUAGACCAAGAGCAACUGGAAGCCGAGACAAAUAACCACGUCGACGCUGUCCAGCCCGAGAAACCCGCGUCCCCCGCGACAGCGACCCCCGAGUCCGCCGUGGUCGUCAGCAACGGCCCGUCGACGCUCGACGGGGAUGCCGGGCCCGAGGACGACGAGGAUGACGACGUGCAGAUCCUGGAUGAUGUGUCUGUCGGCGCGACCACCGGGGCCAGCAGCGCCAGCGCCCCGCCGCGUCGCUCGCGCCGCAAGAACUUCGGCAAUCGCUACGAGGAGGCCAUUCUCAAGGAGAAGGAGGACGGCACGCAGGCCCCCACGCGCACCCGCGCCGAAGUUCUUGGCUGGAAUAGAGGAGAAUAUUUGUCAAAAGGGAAAUCGGAGGACUGGGAGCCGGACGCGGACACGGACGAGGACGACGCGGACUUCCGGCCGGACGCGGCGCGGCUGAAUGGCUUGACCAGCCAGUCGGAGCACGGCAGCGCCUCCUCCAGCUCCGAGGGCGACUCCUCCUCGGCCUCGGGCUCCGACGCCGAGGACGAGACGGUGUCGGCGCCCCGCGACCACCACCAUCACCACCACAAGAGCAAGGACCCCCUGAACGCGCUGGCGGAGCAGAAGCAGUCGCUGGACGCGCUGCUGGACGAGAUCGCGCGCAGCGGCAAGCUGGAGGACGUGAAGAUCUGCUCCAUCUGUCUGUGGGACGAGACGGACACGGAGAAGGACGCCGUGGUGCAGUGCGACGCCUGCGGGGUGCCGGUGCACGAGGCCUGCUACGGGGUGUUGGGCCAGGAGCUGGAGGAGGCGCACGCGGGCGAGGGCGACGGGCAGAGCAGCACCGAGACCAUGCCCUGGUUCUGCGAUCCCUGCCGCUACGGCGAGCGCCUGCCGCGCUGCAUCGCCUGUCCUAACCUCUACGGCGCCUUCAAACAGACUAUCAAGGGUGACUGGAUCCACAGUGCCUGCGCGCGCUACAUCCGCGAGAUCUACUUUGACGACGAGGAGCGGUUCUGCGACGCGGUGCUGACGGAGCUGCCGUACGUGCGGUGGGGCGACCGGCCGUGCAUCAUCUGCGACGACGUGUACGCCAAGAACGCCGGCGUGACGAUCAACUGCGAGACGGGCAUGUGCCGCAAGUACCUGCACGCCACCUGCGCCAUGAUGGUGGGCACGGCGGCCGAGCUGGAGCCGGAGAUGGGCUACCCGCUGGCCGUCUACUGUCCCGACCACUGCCCCAAGGAGGACCGCUCCAGCAACCGCCGCUGCUUCCUGGCCUCGCUGGGCCUGCAGCGCAAGCACGAGAUGAGUCUGCAGGCCCUCACCGAGGAGGAGCGCGCGCGGCUGGACGCCGCCGAGCGCAAGCAGCGCGACAGCUACAUCCUGCGGCGCCGCGCCCGCCGCCCCGAGUCCGGCACCGAGUCCAGCGCGCGGCCGCUGCACUCCGCCUUCUGGCUCCUCAUGAAGGGACACGAGCGCGCCGACGCCCUAGGGUGGGACGCGAAGCCCGUGGUGAACUCCAAUCCGUUGGCCGACAACCUGCGCUCCUCCCGACCGGACUUCCGGCCGGAGUUCGUGGCGUACGUGUUCAAGCGCGAGAAGCAGAUGUCGGAGUGUCUGGAGCGCAUGGAGGCGGCGCAGGAGACGCGGCGGGAGGUGCUGCGCCAGCGCGGCAAGUUCGACCCGACGACGGGACGCGCGGCGCACAAGCGCUACACGCUGGAGCUGCAGUACGAGCGGGAGGGGCUUGCUAAGCUGCUGACGCCCUUCCUGCCCUUCAUGGACGACGGCAGCACGGCGCCGCCGGUCGGCAACGGGAAGAAGGCGGGGUCGGCGCGCGGCAAGAAGAAGUCGGAGGACCGCGGCGGCGAGCUGGAGCCGGGCGUGGCGCGGCGCGAGCUGGAGCCCAAGUGCAAGAUCUGCGCCAGCUCCAGCUUCCCGCAACGGAUGGUGCAGUGCGACGACUGCAAGGAGCGCUUCCACCUCAAGUGCCUCGAUCCCCCGCUCACCACCAUGCCCAACAAACGCACCGGAGUGAAAUGGUUGUGCUCGGAUUGUGCGCCGUCCUCGGAGGAUUCGGAGGAAGAGGGUGAGGCGGGCGCGGAAGGCGAGCCGGGCGGCGAGGACUCCGGCAUCAGCGGGCGGAAGAAGCGGCGUCUGCAGGGCAAGAACCCCGCCCUGGAGCAGCGCCUGCAGUCGGCGGCGGCGGAGGCCGGGCAGCCGCCGGCCAAGCGCCGCAAGGUCUCCUCGGCCGGGAAGAAGGCGGCCAGGAAGGCGGAGAUGACGGCGGACGCGGCCGGGACGCCGUCGGCGGCCAGCGGCGAGCCGCAGCCGGGGGUGGCGCCGCGGACGCCGGGCCGGAAGCAGCGCGUGGAGGAGCCGCGGACGGGGCGCUGCUGCAAGUGCCAACAGAUGGGCGACGGUCGCGACGCCGUGGAGUGCGAUCGCUGCCGGCAGUGGUUCCACUUCAAGACCUGCUUGGAUCCGCCGCUGGCGAAAUGUCCCCGCACGCGCUUCUACGGGUGGCUGUGCGAGGACUGCAGCAGUCCCGACAACAAGAGCGACGCCGAGGAGCCCGUCGUGCUGGCCGCGGCCACUUAAUUGACCGUCGAAUGGAGCUAAAAAGCCGCGAUGCUCCAGCGGGCUUCUGUCCAAAGAGCAUCUGUGCUGGAACUGGAUCGUGGCUGGACGGACGCAGCGGCUGUUUGUUUUGCGUAUGGAUUGAUAAUUGUUGUCUUUUCGUCUGCUUUUCUCCAUCUCAUCGGGCUUGUCAUGAUUGGUUGGCUGGUAGAGUGUAAUCAUCGUGAUUCCUUGUGUAGGGCCUUAUUUCUUUAUUUAAUCCUAAUUUGUCAGCGUAUUCUAACCGAGCAGUGUUUUCCGCAGUAAUGCUAUUCCACAUAAAGCACAAGACAAUUUUGCAGG